AUGGCCACGUUUGCCGCCCACGUGCUGAAGGGCCUACCACCGGAGUACGGAUUUCUUCGCCGCAAGCUCGAAAUUUCCAGCCCUGACAUGACGGUGGAACGCGUGUGCAGCGAGGUGUUGAUGGAGGAGCAGACUCUCUCCAUCGAACAGAGUUACAAGCAGAUCACCAUCGAUGCAUCUGCUUUCUCAGGCGCUGUCAACACCAUCGUGGCUACAACGGGGUUCAACGGGAAGGAAGGAAAAGGGGGAAGGGAGCAGACGGACAAGAAGAAGGAUGGCAAGCGGGAGAAGAAGCGAGCCCCCUUCAAGGGGCGCUGCUACAACUGCAAUGAGGAGGGGCACAUGGCCGCCAAGUGCCCCAACAAGAAGAAAGAUACAACGCCCGGGGCAGCCGCGAACGUAGCUGAAGGAGACGGGAAGGGCGUGGCGCUCACCGUCGCGUGUUCGGCUGCAAAGUUGCUGGCCGACGAGAAGGACUUGUGGUUCCUUGACUCAGGAUGCUCCCAACACAUGACCGGCCGCAAGGAGUGGUUCACGGUGAUCUGCGACCCAUCUGCAACGAAAUCAGUCAAAGGGUUUGAUGGUUCUAUGCAGGAAGUUGCCGGUGUUGGUGAGGUUUUGCUGGAGGGCACUAACGGCUUGCGUGUGACCCUACAUGAUGUCCUCUUUGUGCCAGGAAUGAAGGCCAACUUGGUCUCCCCUGGGCAGCUCUUGGACAAGGGAGCAAAGCUGCAAACCGAGGAAGGUGUCACUCGCAUCAUCGCAUCAGGAGGUCAAGUGGCUGCAACGGCACGAUACCGCCAUCGCCUUCACUGCCUUGACCUGAAACCGGGGCCAGCAAGGAAUGGUGCAACGGCUGCAGCGGCAUGCAGCGGCACGGCGGCUGCAGCGGCAUGCAUCGAUAUAGCGGGUGGAGCGGCGAGCAACGCCACAGGGGCUGCAUCGGCAUGCAACGGCACGGCGGCUGCAACGGCAAGCAACGGCACGGCGAAGGAGAUUGCUGAUGUGGCGUCAAGCAAGCCGGAAGCUAAAGAUGGAGCGGCCAGCCUCAAGGCGUACGCGGUGGGCUCCGAGGCAAUGCCCAACCUGUGGCACGCUCGCCUUGGACACGUCCACUUCGAUGCGGUGAAGCGGACAGCAACGAGCGGUGGUGUGUUCGGUAUGGACCUGGAGAAAGGAGGUGAGGAUAUGCCGUGCACCUCCUGCCAUGAAGCCAAACUCACUCGUGAAUCAUUUCCGCUGCACGACGAGCGAGAGGAGCAGGACCAGAGGAUGGUCCUCUGGAGGUUGACACCAGCAUGGCUGAUCACGAGGAGGAAGAAGAAGAAGUAG